AUGGAAAAUUGCAGCAGGGCAACCUCAGCCAAGCAGCGGCCGCUUUGCCGAGAGACUUUGAACAAAGAGGCCGCCUGCCACUAUACGGCGGGCAAUGAUGACCCAAGCACAGUCGAUUUCAAGCCGAAAAUCGUUGCCAACGUAGAUUUGCAAGCUCAAGUUCCAACGCAUAUCGCAAAUUAUGACACAGCCGCUCGGAAGUACGCCCUGUGCAGAUACACUCCGGCCGAAUGGGCUUCGGCGAAUGCGGAUUUGUGCUCGCGAUCAACGGAUGCACAGCUCGCUGCACUCGCGACGAACAGGGAUUGCCGACAAUGCAUGACCGAGUGUGCGAGUCGCAGUGAUACGGACCAAAAGACCAAUUCUCGCCUCUUAUCCGCCCGCGCCCAGGAAAUCCGCAGCGUUCUGUGCGACCUGUCCAAAGUUUGUUGGAUGUGCCGCGAGGAGGAAGAGCAUCUGGAAACGCAGAGGCAGCGCGUCAAAAGGUCCAUUGUGGCCCUCACGACGCCGGCUUUGAUCAACGCCGAAUGCCUCGAGAGACGGCAGAACAGAUUGGAGCAAGACCUCGUCGCAGACGAAGUUCAGGAGCAGCUUCACCAGGAGAGCUGCUUAAUUGACAGCACGAGAAGCAUGUUGCAGAAUUUGUCGGCAGAAACGUGGUCGCAGUUGUGCAGUCUGCGGAACGGCCGCGAUCUCACCGAGCAAGACUGGAGCAACAAAAUAAAAGCAGGUCACUUGGAGACCGAGUGCCUGCUCAUAAACACGGCGAGAUGUGACGCGGCGCGCCUCUGCCCCUCGGCGACUCAUCUACCUUUUCAACAAGUGGAUCCGCUGCAGUGGGAGCAGUUCAGCAAGGAAAACAUGGCUCACGUGGAGCGACAAAUGGCAGCGUCUGCCACCCUCCGACGAGACAUCGAGAAAAUCCUAACCACGGUUGCUCGAAAUCUGCGAUCACAGGCUGACUCGGUGGAGAACGCCCUUGAAAAACGCAUCUCUGAAAUUGAAGAGUGCAGGAUCGCCUUGGAGCACCAGCUAGACUUGGUCCUACAGCGGAUCGUUGACACGGAGAAACUGAUAGCCGACCUGCAAAAGGCGUCGUUCAAUAAUGGCAUUCCACUCAGGGUGGCGCAGCAACGGUUGCAGAUUCGGAAGGCGCGUCCUCAGCCUACGGAAAACUGCGAUGAUCCGCCACAAUACGGACUGCUGAGCGAAGUACAGCAAAGUGACGGCUCGUCAGGAAGACUGCAGACGAGCCUCGAAGAGGCGCACAAGCGACUUUUAGAAUUAAUCAAGAUGAGAGGCCACUUGGAGAGCGAGAUUCGGGUGAAGAGACACUCACUGAAUAUUGACAAGCUGCAGUGCAGAGAGAUCAGGGCGAAAUUCCCCUCCACUCUGGACAUUAGUGGAUAAUUAUAGCUUUUUAAUGUUUAAUUUGACGAAAGCGGCAUAAUUAAAAGCAUGGACCUCUGAAUUUAAUUAUGAGCGCUUUUUAAUUUACUGAAAAUGACAGAGUCCUUUGACAAUUAGAAAAUAAUUAAUUUACAUGAUUGUUCAGCCUAUGCAACGGGUUUAAUUUUAGUACAUAGUAAUUAAAUAAUCAAUAAACCAACCAAAUAAUAUUUUAUCUACGGGACUGCUUACUUGAAUAGAGUUUAAUUAUGCGUUUAAUUAAAUUUCAACAGUUGUCCUUGGAUUGUUCUAGAAGUCUUGGAAAAUUUUUUUAUUAAGAAGUUAAGCGUAGAUAGGUGGUUUGUGUUCUUGGUAAGCAUUAAUCACUUCAACCUUGAUGUAUCCAUUCAUCUUUUAUAAUUAAUUACAUUUUUAUCACAUAUGGGUUUUUUCUCGCAUCCUUGAUUCCUCACUAAACUUUAUCUCAAAAGAAACCAUUUAC